UUUUGAUAUUUGACAUAUGAUGUCAUUCCGAGUUUCAGCGCUGAAAAUGUCCAAAGAACCUUUUUGUUCCACGCUCACGCUGAAUUCGAACAUAAAGGAAUCUUUACAUUCAAAGACAAUGGAAUAGCGAGAAGUCGUUCUAUAGGCCCUGAAAUUAUACAAGCCAUCCGAGAGUCGAUGAUAGCUAUCCUCGUUCCCUCCAGGAACUACGCUUCCUCGAGCUGGUGCUUGAACGAGCUGCUUCAGAUCAUGAAACAGAGGAGAACUUCAGAGCAAACAGCCAUGACGAUUUUCUACCAACUUGAUCCAUCUGAUGUAAGGAAGCAGACUGGCGAAUUCGGAAGGGCUUUCAUGAAAACUCAUGUCGGUAAAUCAUCGGAGGAGAAGCAAAGAUGGAAGCAUGCUCUAACCGAGAUUUCCAACAUAGCCGGAGAGCAUUCAGAGAAAUGGCCUAAGAAACAUCAAAGGCGUGAAUACUGGCCCAGAGAUACAGCAAAGGCCCAAAUAUGGGCAACGUUUAACGUGUUGCCAACCGUCCCGUUUUCUCUACAUUAUCCGUAACUUGGACCGCAAGUAACAAAGUUUGCAAGUGAUAUAGUCAUGCCCAAAAGAUAUAGCUCCGUCCAUAAAUCACUCUCUCACUCACUCACUCUCUCUCUCUCUCUCUCUCUCUUUCUGUCUCUAUAUAUAUCAUGUAUGUUAUACCUUUACUCACCACCGCCACAAGA